AUGGAGGGCUCGGGACACCGGUCCUCGCGGCGGAGCAGCUGGGCCCCAUCGCCCGCGCCGCCCCCGCGCCCCCGCCGCCGCCGCCCGCGCCCCGCGUCGCCCCGGGAGAGCCGCAGCCUGGGCGACCUGGCCCGCCGCCCGCGCCCCCGCGCCGCCUGGAGCGAGGCCGCCCCGCCCGAGGGCUGCGGGCACUGCGCGCGCUGCCGGCCCCCGCGCGCCCCGGACGGCGAUCGCUGGGCGGAGCCCGCGGGGCCGGGAUCGGGGUCGCCGCCGUCGGCGGGGUCGGGACCGCGCAGACCCCGCAGCGCCCCGGGGGAGCCCGGCGGGGAGGCGCGGCGCCGGCAGCUGCAGAGCGGCCUGCGGGAGGCGCUGGCGUCGGCGCGCGGCCAGGAGCUGGUGGCGCUGGUGCUCAGCCGGCUGCAGAAGGCGCAGCGCAUGCGGGAGCUGCAGCGGCAGGCGGCGGCCGCCUGGGACGACCUGCAGCGCUCGGACCGCCGGGUGCGGAGGACGCUGGAGCGGGAGCGCAGGCUGCUCCUGCAGCAGAGCCGCGAGCACUGGCAGCUGCUCGAGCCGCGCCGGGCGCACGGGGGGCCGCGGGCCGGCCGGGAGACGCCCCCCGAGGAGCGCGCCCGGGAGCCGGCCGAGCCCGGGAGGCGGCGCUGGCCGGAGCCGGAGAGGCCGCCGGCGCGGGGGGAGCCGCCCUGCCCCGGGAAGGCGGGCCUCAGCUCCCUGGUCAACUACGAGGCGCGCAGGGUGCUGCGGGACUGCCAGGCCAAGGCCGAGGAGCUGCUGCGCAGGCUGGCCCUGGAGCAGCCCGCCGGGGAGGCGCCCCCCCUGGCCCCGGGCGCUGAGCGGCCCCCGGAGGGACGCAGGCGGGCGCCGCGGGCCGAGCCGGGCGCGCACAGGGGCCCCCGCGACAAGGCGCUGCAGCUGCGGCAGCCCGGCCUCCUGCGGGAGCAGGUGCUGGAGCAGGUGCGGGAGCGGCAGAGCCACGUGGCCGGCAUCAAGGAGGCGCUGCGCAGGCGCGAGCGGGAGGAGGCGCCCCGGGAUCGAGCCCGGGACCCCGGCCGGGCCGCGCCCACGCCCACCACCCCCUCCAGCGGCUCCCUGGACGCGCUGCUGCUGGAGGCCCGGCGCCGCGCGGGUCUGCAGAGGGGGCGCUACUGACGGACGACCCCCGGGCCGGUCCCCACCCGCACCCCCAGGCCCCAGGCGGCCGUGCCUCUUCCUCCUCCUCCUCCUCUUCUUCUCCUCCUCCUCGGACUGUUAACUCAGCACCGGUUUUUUAAAAAUACAAAUCAGAUAGCUGC